GCUCGAUCCGCCCCCUGCAGAUAAAUUUGGCCCCUUUGAUGCCUCUCUUCAGCUGCCAGAGGAAACUCAUCUUGGCCGUUUGUAUCCGGGAUUUCUUUCUUAUAUUCGUGAUCCACAGCAGACCAUAGGUGAAGCCUGCAUCACUUCAGAUGCUGCAUCGAUCAGCCUGUCGAUCUCUAUAUCAAUAGAGGCUUCUCAUACUGGACCUCUCGUUCUGGGCAUAUCGGUUGAAGGGCCAUCUUUUUCGGUGUUCUCAUAUCGUGUGUGUGACAUCUCCUACCCGAGAAGAGCCUCCUUAUCAGCCUUCGCUUGUGUGGUUUCACAAUCUUAUCUUGAUGGGCUCUCAUCCAGUGUAGGACUAGGACCAAAACAAGAUGAUGUGGGUUCCUCUUUUCCUGUUGGCUCUUGUGCAUCUGAUCUGCGCCAGGCCAAAUGAGUGCAGUCAACAGAUAAGUUCAGGUUUGAACAUCAUAGAUUAUUCCUAUUGCACCAUGUCAAGGCUGUCCCAGUGGCUGGAUCAAAAGUUGGCAGAGCAUGCUGACACUGUGCCAGAUCCCGUUGCAGAUCCUGCUUUAGAGAAUAAGCGUCCGGAGCAACCACCCAUCAAGAAAGCUCUGAAGUCAUCAGUGCGCUUCCUCAGAAUCACAAACGCCACCCCAUCCUCCGACUUUAGGAAUACAAAUCUGGAAUGGAAGGCAUGGAACGGCUGGCUGCCGGAUGAAGCUGUGUCCAUCUACAACUCGUAUUCCAAACGCGUCGACUACAUCUGCAAAGUGAAAUGCCACUCAGGUUACUACGACUCCACGAGCGGAGACGAAGCCUGUGCCUACACGGCCGAUGGAUACGGAUACACCUCCACGCAGUUUGAUGUGCUAGUCAACAAAGACAACUUUGAGAUUCUGGAUUGGAAAGAGGGAGCCGACGGUUCAGUGACACCCGAUUCUAUCAAGACCUGCGAUAACGACGAUAUUUACGUCGGGAAGAAUGAGUAUGGACUGGGGGAAGUGAAGGUUAGCGAAAAGGUGUUCAACCUUCCCUGGGGUGGAAGCCGCUACUGGUACCGUACCUACAUGGUUCUGGAGUUACACAAAGACGUCAAGAAAGAGCACUUGAUGGAUGUAAAGUACCAAACAUCGGGGAUCACCCCGAUUGAGUAUCCGCCUGAGGUCUUGAACAAGGGUACAGUGUUCAACUAUAAUUGCCAACCCAUGAAGGUAACACGCACCCUCUCCAAGACCAUCACUUCGGCCAAAAAGUGGGAGAUCAACUUUUCCGUCACAGCGGGAGUCGGCACCACUAUCGAGACGGGAAUCCCCUUUAUAGUAAACGGGCAGAUUUCAUUCAGGGCUGCCUUCACCUACAAGUUGACCAAAAGUAACACGUAUACUGAGAGCAGCACCUACUCUCUGACACUAGACACCGAGGUGCCCAUCGGCCACUCGUGCACUAUCGAAAUGCGGGGGAAGAAGUACGCAUUGAACAUCCCUUACACUGCACGCCUCAAACGCUCUUACAGUAAUGGGGAGACCACGUGGACAACAGUCACUGGGACUUACAACAGCGUCCAGAUCUCAGAGGUGGAAGCUGACAUGGAACGUUGUGAACCUCUGCCUGAUGCUAAGCCUUGUUAAAAUUCACUUAGAUCUCAAAGUACAGAUAAAACAACCUCCACUGUAAAGUUGGGUCACAUUUUAUCAAAGGGAUGGACACAACCAUCCUGUCUUUCAUCCACCAUCCAUCAAACCAUUCACCAAUCACCCAUCUUUAUUCUCGAUCAAUCCCUUGAUCUGUCAAUUAAUCCAUAUAUCCAUCCGUUCCGUUGGCCAUUCAUCUUUCCUUCUACCAAUUGUUCAUUCAGUUAUAUCAAUCCUUUCUUCUGUCCACAUGUUUAUGAAUCUAUGAACUCACCUAUUUCCCACCAUUGCAACAUAAAAAGCAAUGGCGACUUAUGUCGAAAUAAAGUUUUUAAUAUCUUUA